AUGAUUUGGAUGCACACUGUCAUUGUGUUCCUGUGUCUUUGUCCAAUCCCCGCUGCAUUUGGGCAGGACUGUCUCAGCAGGCAGGACAUGCAGAGCUCCCUAAAGCAGGUCCAGAAGCUGCUGUCGACCCAGGCUGCAUACCUUCAGAGCCUCCGCACCCUGAGGAAGAAAUUCAACUUGCUACAGAACACCAAACAGUCUGGCAAAGUAAACAAUGAUACCUGUCUAAAGCUGGACACGCCUGCCAACAGCAGGAAGUUGGGGAAGGCGCAGAACCCAGGUCACGAGGUUCACUUCCUGUGUGAUGCGGGUUAUGAGUUGGUGGGAGCAGAGAGCAGGAUGUGUCAGGAGAGCCUCACCUGGAGCGGCCAGCAGCCCACCUGCAGCAACAUAAAUGAGUGUGCCUCUUCUCCCUGUCUGAAUUGGGGGACGUGUGUGGAUGAGAUGAACCAGUUCUCCUGCACGUGUACCAAAGCCUGGGCCGGAGCCACCUGGCAGAGCCCUGUGCCAACAUUCUUUGUCACCAUGAUGAACACCUCGUCUGCCACCUCCUCUGUGGCUGCUGCCAUCUCUCCCCCGGCUGUGACUGUUUGUCCGUUUCUCCAUCCAUCUUACUGUGCGCAUGUCCAGGGCACCACCCACUGCACCUGUGACCCCGGAUACACCAUCUCUGGGCGUGACGGCACCACUUGCAAAGACAUUGAUGAGUGUGAGUUGUUCCACAUGGGUCAGGCUGGCCGGCUGUGUUUACAUGCCUGUGUUAACACCCCUGGAGGCUACCGCUGUAACUGUCCUGCUGGAUACAAUGUCACCUGCGACGGACACAACUGCAAAGAUGUAGAUGAGUGUGCCACCAGACUGAAUAACUGCACCCGGGACCAGAUGUGUAUAAACACCUACGGAGGGUUCCAGUGUGUACGUGUGGACUGCUCCCGCAUACAAAACGCCACCUACAGCAAAACCUCACCCCUGUGUUGUGAGUGUAACCCCUGCUCUGUGGACAACAAGGUGUGCUCUCAGGCCCCUAACUCCAUCUCCCACCACUACCUGUCUGUCGUAUCCAACCUGUCAGCACCACGCACCAUGUUCCAUGUGUCGACCCUCCGCCUCAUGGGCGACACACUGUGUUUUUCCCUGCUGGGCCGCGGGCAGGCCCGACGCCACUUCACGGUGCAGCGGUCAGACCGACAGACAGGCCAGCUGGUGCUGGGGAGCCCGGUGCAAGGCCCUGCUACACUGGAGGCAGAGGUGGAGAUGACUGAGCUGGAGAAAGGGGUCCAGCUGGGGUGGUACAUCACCAAGAUCACCAUGUUCAUCUCCCAGUACGAGUUCUAG